UACUUUAUUUUUCCAUUUCUUAAUUACCGUAAAAAGUCGAAUUUCCUUAUAAUAAACUCGUCCAAAUUUGAUAAUCACCCUCUAGUCCUUGAGACUCGACCCUCUUGCUCCUCAGGUGACUAGCUAGGUGAGAACCAAACUGAUGGAGGCUUCACGGACUCCGAGACGACUGAAGGGUCACACUGCCACCGCUAAUUCCUGCAUCUCCUCUCGUCAACGCCCUUCUGUCGUUUUCACUGCCGCCGAGGAUGGUUGCAUGUGUUUGUUUGACUUGAGAUGCAAAGAUGUUCAACGAGUUAUGAAGCUAGGCAAUGAUGCUAUUUCGUCGUUGUGUUUCAAAGAAGGGAAUGAAAAUAUGAUAUACAUUUCUUCUGGGACAGACAUCAGUUGCUUUGAUGUUCAAAUGGCUACUUUUGAGAAGCCCAUGGAGAGGUACAAAUAUAACAAAGAGGAAAUUAACCAGAUAUCAUGUAACUCGAAGUCAUCUUUUCUUGCUGCUGCAGAUGAUAGCGGUGAUGUUAAGAUAAUUGAUAUCCAACGGCAAUGCCCUUUCAAAACAUUGAGAUCUGGUCAUGAUACUAUAUGUAGCAGUGUACAGUUUGUUCCUUGGAAGCCUGGGGAAGUUAUUACUGGAGGUCUUGAUUCUAAGAUGAUCAUGUGGGAUUUUUCCAAGGGGCGACCAUUCCUUGUUGUGGAUUUUGGGAAUCUGGAGGAAAGCGCUAAAAACACCGGACAGUUUUACAACCCAGCUUUUAUCCAUGCUAUAGCUGUUCCUGAAAUGGAUAUGUUGGAUAAGUUAGGAAAGGCAUGUGCUGUUGCAAGAGGAGAUGGAAUCGUCAGCUUGAUCAAUAUAGAAGCAGAACUUGCUGCUGUUAAGUCAAAAGGGUUUUCCAAAAAUGAUAAAUGUCCCCAAGGCAGGUCAAGUAAUGCUGCUGCAGUCUCAGAUGUUGUAACAAACAAACAAAAUGAAAUUAAAAGGUUGCAUUUGGAUUAUACACUUGGAGGCCAUUCUGCGGCUGCUUCUUGUGUGACAUUUUCAACAUUUGGAGAGAGAGGGAAGUUCAUAAUAUCUGGAGGAAAUGAUAAAUCAGUGAAGGUCUGGGAUUGGUCUCGGUAUCUUGAUGAUGCUCAAGCAAGUGCUGACUCAACUUCUGUAUUUAGCAUUGAUUUGCCAAAAAAAGUUAACUGGCUGUGCACUACCCCUACUGAUUCAGACAACCUUGUUGUCUGUGAUACAUCCAAAGUGGUAAAGGUUUAUACUCUUAAAGAAGAGGUAUGUGAUGAUGAUGUUAGGCUCGAAGAUGAUUGGGUGCCUGUGGAUGAAAGUCUUGCUCCACAUGAGCUCGAUCAAGUUAUUCGAUCAAAGGAAGCAUGCUCCAGAGCUGUUGUUCUUGAAUGUAUAGGUGAUAUCCCUGAUGCAGAUACAAAGCCUCCUGAAAAUCAGUUGUUUGUAUGUAGACUAAAUCCGAUUACAGAGGAGGAGGAUUUGCACACAGUAUUUUCACGCUUUGGGGCUAUUAAUUCUGUUACUAUUGUUCGUAACAGGAAUGGAGGUAGUGUGGGAUUUGCUUUCAUUGAAUUUGAGAGCAAAGUAGCAUGUGAACAAGCUUACUAUGCCAUGGAUGGCUCAUUGAUUGAUGAUAGAAGGAUACGCAUUGAUUUAGUCAAAAGAAAGAAAGAAAAGCAGCCAAAGAUGAUGCAAUCUGGCCUUCCACAGUGUAACACUUGCGGCGAGCCAGUAGGACUUGAUUCGAAUGGAAAUGUGUUUGUGGCUUGCCUUGAAUGCAAUUAUCCUGUUUGUAAGGCUUGUGUUGAUUAUGAGAUUAAAGAAGGUAAAAAGGCUUGCUUUCGUUGUGCUGCUCCCUACGAAGAUAAUGUGACAUAUGAUGAGGGCGGUGUUGAGGCAUCUGGUAGUCACAAGAACAAGACAACCCAUCUCACUAAUGAGCAGGAUCUUGGCCUACAUGCUCGAAACAUGAGCACUAUCUCCACAGCUGAUAGUGAAUUAAAUAGUGAAUCUGGAAGCUCGAUAUGGAAGCAUCGGGUGGAGAGUUGGAGAGAAAGGAAAGACAAGAAGAAAAAGAAUGUUAAAGAGUCUAAAGUUUCAAAAGAAGUUGAACAAGUUCCAUUAGAACAACAGAUGGAGGAACAUCAGUUUUCAGAGGCUGCUGCACAGCCACUUUCAAGAAUUAUUCCGAUCCCAAGAACCAAGAUCACCUCAUACAGGAUCAUGAUCAUUGUGCGGUUGAUUAUUCUUGCACUGUUUUUCCACUACAGAUUAACAAAUCCUGUGGAUAGUGCCUUUGGUCUAUGGCUUACUUCUGUUAUCUGUGAGAUCUGGUUUGCUUUUUCCUGGAUUUUGGAUCAGUUUCCUAAAUGGCAGCCCAUCAAUAGGGAGACAUUCAUCGAUCAGUUGUCCUUGAGGUACGAAAGAGAAGGAGAACCUUCACAGCUUGCAGCUGUGGACUUCUUUGUGAGUACCGUGGAUCCAUUGAAAGAACCGCCUUUAAUCACAGCCAAUACUGUACUCUCCAUCCUUGCUGUGGACUAUCCUGUUGAUAAAGUCUCCUGCUAUGUAUCUGAUGAUGGUGCUGCAAUGCUUACCUUUGAGUCACUUGCUGAGACUUCUGAAUUCGCAAGAAAGUGGGUUCCUUUUUGCAAGAAAUAUGAGAUUGAACCGCGAGCUCCUGAGUUUUACUUCUCACAGAAGAUUGACUACCUUAGGGACAAAGUGCAGCCUUCUUUUGUGAAGGAACGCAGAGCGAUGAAAAGAGAUUAUGAAGAAUACAAAGUGAAGAUGAAUGCCUUAGUUGCCAAGGCACAAAAAACCCCAGACGAAGGCUGGACUAUGGCAGAUGGAACACCUUGGCCAGGAAACAAUAGUCGUGAUCAUCCAGGAAUGAUCCAGGUUUUCCUUGGAAAUACUGGUUCUCCUGACAUAGAAGGUAACGAACUUCCAAGGCUCGUUUAUGUUUCAAGAGAAAAGAGGCCAGGAUUUCAGCAUCACAAAAAAGCCGGUGCUGAGAAUGCUUUGAUUAGAGUAUCUGCAGUCCUCACAAAUGCUCCCUACAUUUUGAACCUUGAUUGUGAUCAUUAUGUCAACAACAGCAAGGCAGUUCGCGAGGCAAUGUGCUUCCUGAUGGACCCUGUAGUCGGUCAGGAUGUUUGUUAUGUUCAGUUCCCUCAAAGAUUUGAUGGUAUUGACAAGAGUGAUCGAUAUGCCAACCGCAAUGUUGUCUUCUUUGAUGUUAAUAUGAAAGGACUUGAUGGGAUUCAAGGGCCAGUUUAUGUCGGAACUGGUUGUGUGUUCAAUAGGCAAGCACUAUACGGCUAUGGACCACCAUCAUUACCUAGUUUAUCCAAAUCAUCCUCGUCUUCCUGUUGCUGCUGUCCUUCCAAGAAGAAGGAAGAAAAAGAUGUCUCAGAGCUUAACCGUGAUUCAAAACGUGAAGAUCUAGAAUCUGCCAUAUUUAACCUCAAGGAGCUCAACAAUUAUGAUGAAUAUGAUAGAUCAAUGUUAAUCUCUCAAACAAGCUUUGAGAAGACAUUUGGAUUAUCCACUGUGUUCAUCGAGUCUACAUUGAUGGAGAAUGGAGGUGUUCCAGAUUCUGCUAACUCACCAACAUUGAUCAAGGAAGCGAUACAUGUCAUUAGCUGUGGGUAUGAAGAAAAGACAGCCUGGGGAAAAGAGAUUGGAUGGAUAUAUGGAUCUAUUACAGAAGAUAUCUUGACUGGGUUCAAGAUGCAAUGCCGUGGUUGGAGAUCAAUAUACUGUAUGCCCUUAAGGCCUUGCUUUAAAGGGUCUGCACCAAUUAACUUGUCUGAUAGACUGCACCAGGUCCUUCGUUGGGCUCUUGGAUCAGUGGAGAUUUUCUUUAGUAGACAUUGUCCACUUUGGUAUGGAUUUGGAGCUGGCCGCCUUAAGUUGCUUCAAAGAUUGGCAUACAUUAAUACCAUUGUUUACCCUUUUACUUCCCUUCCUCUUGUUGCCUACUGUACAUUGCCUGCUAUCUGCCUCCUCACCGGAAAGUUCAUCAUACCUACUCUAUCAAACCUGGCAAGUGUGCUCUUCUUAGGCCUCUUCACGUCCAUCAUACUCGUCAGUGUGUUAGAACUAAGAUGGAGUGGAGUAGGCAUCGAGGACUUGUGGAGGAACGAGCAGUUCUGGGUCAUUGGAGGGGUCUCAGCUCACCUGUUUGCUGUCUUCCAAGGACUGCUGAAGAUGCUUGCAGGGUUAGACACCAACUUCACUGUCACGUCAAAAUCAGCUGAUGACACUGAAUUUGGAGAACUCUAUGUUUUCAAGUGGACUACCCUUCUUAUCCCUCCCACCACCCUCAUCAUCCUCAACAUCGUCGGAGUGGUGGCAGGGUUUUCUGAUGCCUUGAACAACGGCUAUGAUUCGUGGGGACCACUCUUCGGAAAGGUCUUCUUUUCCUUCUGGGUGAUCCUCCAUCUGUACCCCUUCCUUAAGGGUCUUAUGGGAAAGCAAAACAGGACACCUACUAUUGUGGUGUUGUGGUCAGUGCUGUUGGCCUCAGUUUUCUCCCUUGUUUGGGUCAAAAUCGACCCGUUUGUCAGCAAGGUGGACAGUAAGAGUAUUGCUCAGAGCUGCAUUUCCAUUGAUUGUUGAAAAAAACAAGCAAAAUCAUAGCAUAUAGUUUUUGUGUCUUUCUAGAAUAAUUUUGGUUUAUUUUUUGAUAUAUGUAUGAAUUGAUCAUAAGCUGUUGGAGUAAAUUUUAAGCAAAUUCCACUUAUGGGCUAUGGCAUUAGGUGGGUGUCUUUCUUUUUUAGGAAAUUACUCUAGGAACAAAAGGGUGUGAUGCAUUUCAUACUUUUACGUACAAACGUGAAUGUUAACAACUGCGUUGUUGGUUAAAAUCUUGGAGGUGGGGAUCAAAUCCCGUUUACAUCUA